AUGUCUUUUACUUCCAAAUAUCAAGAACUCGAGCCAAUUGGCAGGACUGAAUUCCGAAGUGUCUAUCGAGUGCAGCACAAGGUCACCAAUGACAUCUAUGCAGCUAAAAAAAUCUGUUUAAUGGGUCUAGACGCCAAAGAAAUCCAAUACUCAUACCAAGAAGCCAAAGUACUGCAUUGAUUGCAUCACCCCAAUAUAGUCCAAUAUAUUGAAAGCUUUGUCGAAAACAAUGAGCUUAUUAUUGUUAUGGAGUACUGCGAAGGUGGAGAUCUGGCCCACCAAAUAAAAAGUCAUAAGGAAAGAAAUAUGCAAAUUCCUAUCCCACAGAUUAUUUCAUGAUUUGUCCAAGUAGCAUGCUCGCUGCAGUAUUUACAUAAGCAAAGGAUUCUGCAUAGGGAUAUUAAGGCUUCUAAUAUUUAUUUAACCAAAGAUCUGGUAGUCAAAAUAGGAGACUUUGGAAUUUCUAAAAUGCUUGAACAUACCAAUGAUGUAGCUUGCACAGUUGUGGGGACACCCUAUUAUAUGAGCCCUGAAGUGUGCCAGAAUAAGCCUUAUACAAAUAAAAGCGAUAUUUGGUCGUUGGGGUGCUUGUUAUAUGAGCUUUGCAAUUUGAGAUUUCCUUUUGUAGCAAAUAACUUGCUGACUUUAAUUACAAAAAUUUUAAAUGAACCACCUGAUCCACUUGAUGCUGAUUUACCGAAUGAGCUUGGGUUUGCAAUUAAAUCGAUGCUUGUAAAAGACAUGAGCGCUCGUGCAAGCUUGGCGGCUGUCUUGAAUCUUCCAAUUUUUUUUAAAUAUAUCCAAGAGUACAAUUGGACCAUAAAUGUGGAAAAAUCAGUAGAAAGAUUCGAAACUCCAACAGAAAGACUAACUCCCCCUCCAUGAACAAAAAUAUUUCUCGCUUGCGGAGGGAAUUUUUUUUUAAAAAUUUAUAUAGUAAAAGUUUUUUUUGAAAAUUUUAAAAAAAUCGCAAUUCUCAAAAUUGGAAAGCAAAUAUUUAUUUAAUUUGUAAAAUUUAUGUUUUUAAAUGCAAGCUGCUUAAAAAUUAAACUGAACUGGCAAGAGAUUUCAUAAUAAUUAUCACUUAUAUAUCGAUAUAAAAAAAAUCGCUCACUUAGGAUGGAUUUUUAACCAAAAUAGGAUUUUUCCAAUAAACUUGCUUGCUCACAGAGGGGGAGUAAGGCGGCGGAAAAGAGAAGAAGCUGAAAAAAAGGCUUUAUCGUCAAGACCUAGUAGCACAAGUACAGAAAAUGACUCAUUAAAAUUAUUCCAUCAUCCUGAUUCUAGGGUAUCAGAAAAUAUUUCUGAUUUUAACCCUUUAGACCUUGUAGAAAGUGAUAUAAGUGCUAUAAUCCGUCAUCUCAUUGAUCAAGGGUAUUCACUUUCUAAGUGAGCAAUAUUGCUCCUUCAAUUACCUAGGAUGGUCUCUAAGUGGUAAUUCCCCAAUGCUAUGCGUAACAAGAAUAGAUUAAUUAAGAUUAAGAUAUAAGUGUUUACCCUCUGCAAGAAGACCAUGAGAUUUUUAGCUACUCCACAAAUCCACUUAUAGACAGCAACGCUACUGAAGAAUAUGAGGAUGAUUUUGAAAGUGUAUUUUAUAAUUAGGAUACUGAAGAACAUGAAAAUAUAAAGGAAGAAAUUGAAGAAGAUAUUAGCUUAAGAAACACUUUAAGUGCCAGCAGCUCUAUGAUGUCAGAAGAUAUAUCCUCAAUUCAUAGACAAAGAGCUAUUGAAGCUUUAGGGGCUAAUUUUUUUGAGAGGAUUUAUAGGUUUUUGAAGAGCAGGAGAGAUAUGAAAGUCCCUGAUGAUGUGGUAAAAAAUAAAUAGAUAUAUGGAGAAGUUGAAAGAAAUUUUGGAAAAAAUGCAGUUAAUAAUCUCUAUUUAGUUGACCAAGUUAUAUUUUAUGAGAACCCUUCUUAG